UAUUUUUUUGUUGAACAGUAUGGAAAAGAUUUUGGAAAAAUAUGAGAGAUACUCCUAUGCAGAGAGACGGCUUGCUUCUCCUGAUUCUGAAUUACAGGGAAGCUGGUCCAUGGAAUACCCCAAGCUCACAGCUCGGAUUGAAGUCCUCCAAAGAAACAUAAGGCACUAUGUGGGUGAAGAUCUUGAUCCCUUGAGCGUCAGAGAACUUCAAAAUUUGGAGCAACAAAUUGACACUGCACUCAAAAAGAUAAGAUCGAGGAAGAAUCAACUUAUGCAUGAAUCUAUCUCUGAGCUUCAAAAAAAGGAAAAGGCAUUGCAUGAGCAAAACUACUUACUAGCAAACAAGCUCAAGGAAAGUGAGAAGGCAAUGGCUGAGCAAGCGCAAUGGGAACAACAAACUCAAAAUUCAUCUGCCUUAACGUUGCCCCAACCACCGCUACCUCCUCCGCCUCCAACAUUACAUUCUCUAACAAUUGGUGGCACAUACCUGCAGGCAAGAGGAGACGAUGAUGACGACGCUCAUGCUCGGCCAUCCCCCAAUGCGUUGAUGCCCCCAUGGAUGCUCCGCCAGAUGAAUCAUUAAGUAUGGAGGUCAUCCUUCCCCAGCUAGCAACAUC